AUGUGCGUUAAAAUGGUAAUGGUACUAGCAUUGCUUCCUGCUAAUGAAAUUGAUACAGGGUUCCAAGAAAUAAAAAAUCAUGCAAGAAUGAAUAACAUCCAUCUCACAAGAUUUUUCAAUUAUUAUUCUCGUCAUUGGCUUAUCCGGACAGGACCUACUGUUUUUUCUGUGUAUGGUCAAGCUCGACGGACUAAUUUUCGACUAAUUUUCGGACUAAACUUCCAUAAUAAGUUGAAAGAUACAUUCCAAGUAUGUCAUCCCAACCUGUGGAAAGUAUUAGGGCAUUUAAGUGACUGUAGUAAACUACAACACAUUGUUAUUGAUCAACUGGCAAGGGGAAUGCAAGUUACAAGAUCUAUAAAAAAUAAAUAUAUAUUAAAUUCAAAAAGAAUAAAAAUGGCAACAGAUCAACUAACUCUAGGUAUUAUAACCAGAAAAGAAUUUUUAAUAAAAUGUUCACAUGCAGUCGAUGGUUACAUUUUAAGAGAGGGAAAUUGGACAAGACAUUUUGAAAAUAAUGAUAAUAACACAGCUGAAACCUCUUCCGAAGAUGAACACAUUGUCUUACCUAUGCAAGUACAGCAGGUUCCACCCAAUGAUGAAAAUAUAGAUAAUAACACAGCUGAAACCUCUUCCAAUGAUGAAAACAUUGUCUUACCUAUGCCAGUACAGCAGGUUCCACCGUAUGAUGAAAAUAUAGAUAAUAACACAGCUGAAACCUCUUCCAAUGAUGAAAACAUUGUCUUACCUAUGCCAGUACAGCAGGUUCCACCGUAUGAUGAAAAUAUAGAUAAUAACACAGCUGAAACCUCUUCCAAUGAUGAAAACAUUGUCUUACCUAUGCCAGUACAGCAGGUUCCAACGUAUGAUGAAAAUAUAGAAACUGAGGAAGACUACAUAAUUCCCGAAGACAAUGAUCCUCUUGACUUAGAGUAUAGAGAAAUUAUGGAACAAGAAAGAAUAGAGCAACUCAACAACUUACCAUUUGCACCUGUUCCAGAAAUACUACCGUUAAUACCAUUGAUCUCUCAAAACGUGUGUGCCAUUUGCAGAUCUAGUAGAAGUACACAUGCAUUAAUUCCAUGUGGUCAUCGGGCACUUUGUGAGGGAUGUAAAGGGUUGCUUGAACAGCAACGCUGUCCCAUAUGUGUACAACCAUUUUUUUCCAUAUUAAGGAUUUGGGAUGCCUAA